GGAUUUUUCCAUGGGCGCAGCGCGUCCGUCUUCGUCGCAGCUUUGCCCUCAGCUGCCCGGGAGCUGGAGUCGCUCUGCUUGGAGCUCGCAGUCUGCCCGCUCAUAGUGCUGCGGAGAGCCCGGGCGAAGAGGUCUGCUUCCCCCCGCUGCGCUGAGUCGUCUGCAGGGCGUUCCCUGCCAUCCGGACAUCGCUUUCCGAAGGGGCUGCACGCACGGUGCCCGCAUGUCGUGCGGGCUGAAAGGCGCCGUGCAACCCGAGAAGGACGAAUGUACAGCCGGGUCCGCCGCCGGGAAGGCUCGGGCGGGGUGCGGCUGGCCCGGACAGAGGGGGGAGAAGCGACAGAGCUGGUGACGGGGGAACUCGGAGGGCCUUCGUGAACUGACAGAGCUGACCUGGAAAGCGCAGGGCUAAGGCUGGAGAGAGGGCUGGAGAAGAGGGACGGAGCCUCACGAGAGGGCUGUGGAAAUGCUUGCUGUGGUAGUAGGGGGAGAGAGCCCUGGAGAAGCAGUUGUGAAGAAAUGAGUAACUCCUGUACCUAGUGACCUAAAAGCUGGGAAGUUGAAAGAUGGUGAGUCCCACAGCAUUGGCUAAGAGUGAUCUAAACCAGUGCGUUGUUUCCCAAUGCAUGAGGGGCUACUCUGCACAGGCUGGAUGUUUCUGCAUCCUGCCUGCAUCCCACCCCAGCUUCUGCCGAGCUCUGCCAGCUUUGCACUAUGGAUAUUUUUGUUAUCAUGAAAGCCAGAAGCACAAAUCCAGCUGUGUCUCCAGGCACUGGUUUUGUAGGGAGAACUGAUGACUGGGAAGUCAGCGUGAACGCCCUUCUGUUCUCAUGCUCAUCAUCUGUCAGCAUAAAAACAAUACUCAUCCUUGAGGGUCAGAUAUCAGGUGAAUAGCAACCUGCCUGCCCUGAGUUGAUUGCAAGUGUGCAGCUCAUGGCUGUUACCCACAUUUCCCUUCUCACUGGAUUCCCACUGGCUCUCAAGGCAUUGGCAGCUUCCAUCAGACAGUGUCUCCAAAGAAGCCAGCAGUCUCAACAGGGCCAGGUUCAGCAGCUGGGGACUGUGAAGCCUCAGGAUGCAAUUUGGUGAUGCCACUGAGCUAAGUGAGGUGCCACUGUAACAUGCAGCCACCUGACUGCUGCUUCUUCAGCAUCUCUCUUUGUGUGCUGUUUGUGCCUGUCUCACUCUGCAGUGGAGCAAAACCAGUUUUGAAAGCCAAACAAAUCACAACAUUUCUUCUGGAAGAGCAAGCUCUGAUGGGAACAAGAAUGCUCAGGAUGCCCAACUGCCUGCUAAAGCUAACCCGGGUAGUGCUGGGCCACAAGCUCAGAACUCUCUUCAUCCUUGCCUUUAAGUUCAUGUCCUUUGUCUCCAUCGUGUUGUACUGGAGGAUCACGGAGGACUCUAAGGGCAGGGACCAAGUCUACUUGCCUGUUCAGAUCCAGUGUGCUCACUCUGUUCCAUCUCCUCCCUGUGCCGUUGCUGAUGAACCUCCUCCUCCCCCAGGAGAUGUGUUUUUUGUGGAGACCUCUGAACGAACCAACCCAAAUUACCUAUUUAUGUGCUCUGUGGAGUCAGCUGCCCGGACACAUCCAGGGACGAGGGUCGUGGUGCUCAUGAAAGGCCUGGCAAACAGAAAUGCCUCAUUACCCAACCACUGGGGCUUCUCAUUGCUAAGCUGCUUCCCCAAUGUGGAAAUCCGUCCCUUGGAUUUGUCGGAGCUAUUCUCUGGGACACCUCUAGCAAAGUGGUACUUGCAGGCUCAGCAGCGCUGGGAACCUUAUUUCCUACCCAUCCUGUCUGAUGCCUGCAGAAUUGCCAUCAUGUGGAAAUUCGGGGGCAUCUACCUGGACACAGACUUCAUUGUGCUUAAGAACUUAAAGAACCUCACCAAUGUGCUCGGCACCCAGUCCAAGUAUGUACUGAAUGGAGCCUUUUUGUCCUUUACACCCAAACACAAGUUCAUAGAGCUUUGUAUGCAGGACUUUGUGGAGAACUACAACAGCUGGAUCUGGGGGCAUCAAGGCCCACAGCUCCUAACGCGUGUCUUUAAGAAGUGGUGUUCCAUCAGGAGUCUUCGGAGCAGUAAGAGCUGCAAAGGGGUGAGUGCUCUGCCCCGAGAGGCUUUUUAUCCCAUUCGGUGGCAGGACUGGAAGAAAUAUUUUGAAGUGGUCAGCUCCACUGAGCUGAAUGAACUCCUGAAGAACACCUAUGCUGUGCAUGUAUGGAACAAGAAGAGCCAAGGGACAAGGCUAGAGAUCACAUCUCAGGCUUUGCUGGCUCAGCUGCAUUCUCAUUUCUGCCCCGCCACAUAUGAUGUCUUGAAGAUGGACUUUAAAUGGCACUGACUCCAAGGAUCAGCUAACAGACAUUGCCUGGGACCUCCCAACCCUUCAACUGUUUCAUUUCAGAUAAACUUUUUUUGAAGUGAAGGUGGUGGGAGCUGAGAAUAAAAGCCAUUUGUGGGGUUUAGAUGGAGCCUGUAUUUUCAGCCCAUCUGUGCAGCUCUUCGUCUUGACUUUAACAAUAUUUGGUUCUCUGCAGGACCUUCCUUCUGCUCUCCUCAGUUAGGUGGAGGAAUCUCAGGAUGAGGAGUGAGUACUGGGCCACUUGUGGCAGCCUCCAUAAACCUCUUGAAGAAUAAGACUCCUUUCUGUAGCUGCAGAUCUGGAAGGGGCCUUGUAGAAACGUGUCCUCUGUCACUUCCUCAAAGCAACAAAAGGAUGGGAGAGCAAAGAACAGGAACUGAAGAGGUUAAGAGUGUGCUUGAAGAGGUGUCUUAAGAAAAAAUGUGAAGGAAAACAGAGAUGAAAGGUGAAAUGGCUAAAGUGAUGCUUUUUCUUUUCAUUCCUUUUUCUUCUGAAGACUUUGAUGGAAGAGACUUUCUCAUGACACUCAUCCAAAGAGAGAACGGGACACUGGAGUCUCUUCAGUGUUGUGGGUUUAAAGACUUGCUUGGAAAUUUGGCAUGAAUCAGAAUGAGAGGAUCUGAGUCUAGUUCAUCAUUUUGAAGGAAUUCUUGCACAGCAGUGAUUUGUGUUAUAGCAAAUUAACAUCCUGUAAUGAGCAGGAGAGCUCUCCCAAAUCACAUCUUAAAUUGCACGUAACACAGGAAGAGCUGAACUGUCUUUUACACUGGGCUUGUAAGUGUGACCAAAUUUCCAUAACUGCAUCUAUGAUCUUUCAGUGCUUAAACUGAUCUUACAGGGAAAGAAGUGAUACUUCCAAGUAUUCCCAAUGUUACAGAGUGUGGUGGAAACCUUUACUGUCUAAAUUCAAGUUCAGGAACUGAGUCAUUUAUGAUGGACUUCUUCAGUAGCCUGGAGCCCUCCUGCAGUUCACUAUUCAUUGUGCAGGAGUGUAAAUCUCUCCUGGGAGGUCUGGAGAAAUGCAGUGAGAAGAUUUACUUUUCUCCUCUGAGCGUUUCACUGAAUUAUGAUGGAGAACAUUAAUGUAUCACUCUUACGGUGCUGUUGUGUCUUUGAUGGUUCCACCAUAGAGGCAAAUUUGUUGGAUACACGAUGGCCAAAAAAAAAUGUCCUUUGCUUUGAUAGUCAAAAGGAUGUGUUGGUGCUCUUACAGUUCAUUAUAUAAAAAAUAUCAGAGAAAGAGCAGCAGGAAGCAAAAGUAAGGUAGAAACCAUAAGCUUCCUUAUAUCUGUUCCUUACUGCAACCUAAAGAGGUUUUCUGAGGCUCAUGAGCUGACACUACAGUGGGGUUGACAGAGGUGAACAAAUUAUUGGCCAUCCCCUCUCCUACGCUGAUCUCAUUGUGAAAUCUUUUCUGCCUUUAGUAUGAGGAUUUUCUUACCCCUAGGAACAGCAGUGGGGUACUCCAGUGACCUUUCUGGUGGCCAUGAGUCAGUGAGAUCUCCAGUGUCAUGAAGCCUCAUAGCAAGAGCUCUUAAAAGGAGUGGCUACGUAGAUGAUUGCUAGGUUUGCAGUUUUCUGAGGCCUCUUCUGUUUCCCAUGUCAAAUAGAAGCAAGGUGAGGUUUGUCCAACUUAGCCAAAAGUAGAAGACUGUGCGCACAAUGACAACAUUUCUCAGGUUGUCUUGGGUUUAUUUUCUUUUUUGGAGGAUGAAAACAAGCCAAAUUGCCUAUCACUUUUCCACAAUAGUUCCCCAUCCCUUGGGGAACAUGGCUUUGGGAGCUCAGGAGGUUGUGCACCUUUUGUUUAUUUGCAUGCUGAGCUGCCUGACUGGAAGCUGCUGCUGCUCUGCAAUGGAAGCUACCUGCCUAGCAGUUGGGCAAGGCAGGAGCUCUGUGCACAAGCAGCUGCUCUGGGAUGAAGAAGGUGUUGGAAACACCCUUCCACUGGGUGCCUCCAAACAUGUACAUAUAUAUGUAAUGCUGUGUCAUGGUUUUGGCUGGGGUGGAGUUCUUUCCCCGUAGCAGCCCAUAUAGUGCUAUGCUCUCCAUAUCUAGCUGGAACAGUAUUGAUAUUGCACCAAUGUUUUGUCUGUGCUCUUAUGGCAACAAAACUCUCUCCACUCCCCCAGGGGCAGCAGGCUGGGGGGUAAGCAAGAGAUUGGGAUGGGACAUUGCCAGGACAGCUGAUCUAAACUGACCGAAGGGGCAUUCCAUGCUGCAUGACGUCACACUCAGCAAUAAAAUCUGGAAAGAAGAAGGAGAUGGACGGGCUCUUGUUAUGAUGUCUGUCCUCCUGAACAACUGUGUCAUAUAUUGAGGCCCUGCUUCCCAAGAUGUAUCCAAACAUCGCUUGUUCAUGGAGAGUAGAGAAGAAUUGUUCUCUCUCUCUUUGCUUCUGCACAGCCUUUGUUUGUUUUUCUCUUUUUUCCCCUUCAAUUAAAUUGUCUUUAUCUCAACUUGUGAGCUUUUUUUUUUCCUUAUCCCAUUUCCUCCUCUUCUUCCUUUGAGACAGGGGAGUGAGAGAGCAGUGUGGCGGAAUUCAACCAGCCAUCAGUGCAAAACCACCACAUGCUGCCCUGUUGUUCUGCUUAGCUUUAAGGCAUGUGCUGGAGACAUUCAGGAUUUUGAAUCUCCAAACACCGAACAUCUUUAAGAACAACAGCUUUGUGGAGAGCAAAAGAUCUUCAUGACUGUUUAAGUGGUCUUAACCACAAAAAAUGGUAUAAAUGGAUGAUAUUUUCACAUCAUGCUCUAUCUAUACCUAAUCAUUUCCCUUCCCACACACUGCUUUCUUUAGAAGCAGCCACAGAAUCAUCAACUCUGGCCUAGACUGUGACCAGUGGAACAUGGUUUCUCCUUCUAAGAAUUGUUUCUGAUUUGGGCUCUUUAUGCUAAGCAACGAAAAACGCAGUGAGACAGAAACCAGGGAAGGUAAAAUGGUGUUUCAAGAUUGUAAAGCCUUAACAGAAUCUCUACUGUGGCGAUAUCAGGGACUGAUUACAGACAUAUUUGGGAGCUACUAAAUAUUUGAUUUGGUGUACUACUGCUUACUCUAAGGAAGUGCCUUUUUGCAAAGUGAAAUGUUUUUGUUGUUCUUGUUGUUUUUUUGUUUGUUUUUUUUGUUUUGUGUGUGUGUGUUUUUCCCUGUAGAGUCAAUGUUCCGAGGUUAUAAGCAGAGAAUCAAACCAAAGCAGUCUUUGACCCUCCAUCUUGUGAAAGCAAAAUAAAUAGUUUUAUUAUUUCUUCUCUCUA